GAAGAAAGUAAUGGUGACUUGAUAGUUGUUACCAUCGAUGAGUAUCUUACCUCCCAAGUAUGCUCUAAAUGUAUGACAAAAAGGGAUAUUAAUGCAUCUUUAAACAUAAUGAAGAUUGCUCAGUCGAUUUGGAGAGAUGGAGAGCGUCCUCUUCCGUUUAAAAGAGGUUAA